CAUAGUACCAUGAAUGAUGACCUAGAAAUAUCGCCAGUAAAUUGAAUACUAAAAUCAAAUUAGCAUGCUUUCAUUAAUCAAAGCAUAUUAAACACUAUUAAUUGAUGGCGUUUAACUUCAAACACUUGGCGUUGCAACGUUAAAGCUCCCACCAUGCGUGCGUUUCGAUUCAGUUAUUGUACGCGGAAUGUUGCCGACGAUAGUACACGGAAGUUCAAAUAAACGAAAAAUACCGCAACGCUCGCAAUCCUCUCCGCCUUACAAGCAUGCCAGUGUCGAUGUAUUGGAAAUGCAGUUAUAUCGUGCGGUUCGUUAUUUUUUAUUGCUCUCUGAGAUUUUUGUAAGCCUACCAUAUGACGCACAUCGACAUUUGCCGACCGACAAUAAUCACAAGCCUGGAUGGCUCAUACUGCAUAUCGCUUGGGGAAUUUUUAUUUAUGCCAGUCUCCUCGUAGCCAUACACAGCGAGUACACGCAGUCCAACAUCGACUUGCCGACAAUUCAGAAACCGUUAUAUUUUGGCGAAUAUCUCAUCUACAUCGUACAUAUAUUCCAUAUUAUCUUCAGCAGUUAUUGGGCGCGUCAAAAGUGUAGGCAAUUUUUGCGUACCAUCGCCGAAUUCGAUCACACCCUGGUUUAUUUUGGAAGACAACCGAAAUAUCAAGGAUUAACGUGCUUCUUGAAAGCUCAUGUGUUUUUAGUGGUUUUAUUUGUCUUUUUCACUGCCAGCGUCGACUACUUUUACAGCAAUCGCAUUCUACUGAAUUACUCACGUAGUCUCACCGUCUAUCUGUUGCCGAACUUAAUAUUGUCCAUAUCACUCAUACAAUACUAUGCGCUGUUGUAUGCUAUUUCCCAACGCUCGAGGCGUCUAAACGAAAUCCUACAUGCAGAGCUUACGCAGAAGAAUAUCCCUCGAAUUUUAAAUGAAACCCUACAACGCGUCCGACUGCUCUAUUCAGCUAUUCAGGUCUUUACGAAGGAAGUGAAUAAAACUUUUUCAUUUACGGUGAUCUUGAUAUACGUGGGAUCCUUCACAAAUUUGUCGGUGAAUAUAUUUUUGAUCUAUAAAUAUGUGGAUGAUGAGGAUAGUCCGCCGUUCUCAUGGAUUUUCUACUCGAUUGUUUGGACGUGCAUGCACAUUGCUAAGAUGUUCCUGAUACUUUACUACAACAAUGGCAUCCAGAGACAGAACAAUAAUACAGUACUAAUAAUAAAUGAAAUUGGUGGCCAAAAUACGGAUAUGGAAGAUACAAUCACACAUUUUGUAUUACAAUUGAUCAUAAAUACGCGAACAAAUGUUGUAUGCGGGGUUGCUGAAUUGAAUCUCAACUUUAUAACAACACUUUUAACAGCCAUGUCCACCGUAUUCAUAUUUCUACUACAAUAUGACAUUACUUAUGAGGCGCUUAUGUUAACACAUAAUUCGGGGAAUCUCAAACGAGUCACUUAAUAGUUUUAAAAAUAUAAAUGUAUUUUAAUUUACUAUUAGCAAUACAAUUUUUAAUCUCACUAGUGUAAAUAACUCAAUAUUUGGGUGAAUGAAAUUAAAGAGCAAUUGUUCGUUCACGAAAGUUAGCCGAACGAAAAUAUAUUCGCGAUAAUUUUGUAUUGAAUUAUUAGUCGCAAGUGCUAAAAAGCAUAUUUAUAAUCUGGCAGCACUUAAACAGCUGUUUAAUAAACAUUGCAAUUUAACAAAAAAGCAUUUCACGUGGAAAUUGUUCGGAUAAAUAUCAAACAAUUAAAUAAUAUUAAACCAUAUACAAAUACAACUUAAAAAAGAAUUUAUUUAAGCAUGUGUGAAGUCGAGACUAUUACAAAAAUCGCCAAAACACUGGGUGUUGCAGCUGGUGAAGUGAAACUGAAUUCUGAAAAG